GGUCCUACGCGCAGAACGAGCGUUGGAAGCAAAGAUGGAGGGGUGUGUGUCCAACCUGAUGGUCUGCAACUUGGCCUUCAGCGGCCAGCUGGAAGAGCUGAAGGAGAAGAUCCUGGCCGACAAGUCGCAGGCCACUAAAACGGACCAGGAUAGUAGAACUGCAUUACACUGGGCAUGCUCAGCUGGCCACACAGACAUUGUUGAAUUCUUGCUGCAACUCGGAGUGCCAGUAAAUGAUAAAGAUGAUGCAGGAUGGUCUCCUCUUCACAUCGCAGCUUCUGCUGGCCGAGAUGACAUUGUCAAAGCACUUCUGGGAAAAGGUGCUCAAGUGAAUACUGUCAAUAAUAAUGGCUGUACCCCCCUGCAUUAUGCAGCCUCCAAAAACAGGCAUGAGAUUGCUGUCAUGUUGCUGGAAAGUGGGGCUAACCCAGAUGCUAAGGAUCGUUAUGAGGCCACAGGAAUGCACCGGGCCGCAGCCAAGGGUAACUUGAAGAUGAUUCAUAUUCUUCUGCACUACAAAGCAUCCACAAACAUCCAAGAUACUGAGGGUAACACUCCUCUACAUCUAGCCUGUGAUGAGGAGAGAGUGGAAGAAGCAAAACUGCUGGUGACCCAUGGAGCCAGUAUUUACAUUGAGAAUAAAGAAGAAAAAACUCCAUUGCAAGUGGCCAAAGGAGGUUUGGGUGUAGUACUCAAGAGAAUGGUGAAAGAUUAAGCAGCUACUUUAAAAUUCUACUUUCAUUGUUACCUGGUUGUUCCUUGUAUCUUGAAAACUGUUAUAUUUGUGUACAAGAUAUCAUCGGUGAAUGAAGUUUCUCACCUGCAGAGUCUUAGAAACAUGCCGAGUACUGUUCCUGUGAGGUUACUUGUUCUAAGCUGGCAAUCUGCUUUCUAGGCUUUGAAUAGGCUGGAGAUUGUUCUACAAUUGUGGCCUAUAUUGCAUUUGGGUUAAUUUUGAGUAACUUAUUCUUCACUUGUUAUGGGUUCUCAGCAUCUUCCUUUGCACCCCAAAAAUAUUUGCCCUUUUCUAAGGCAAAAAUAUCCCAGUCAUAGUAAGCCAGUUGUUCCACCUGACAUUUCUAAGUGGAUUCUACAAGGUUCCUUGUUAGAAUUAAAAUACUCCUCAUUGUAUUUUUAAGCUCACUUAGAAUCCUAUGCCAGAUAUUUCUGUCUUUGCAACAGGACAGUUUAUUUUGUUAUAGGAUGAAUAAAAUAUUUUAAAGGACCAAAUUUUAAGUUGAAGGACAUGUGUGACCCAGUUUGAUAUUAAUAAACAUUAAAAUUAAUAAAAGAAUGAAAAUGAUA